AUGGGGCCAUUACAGAAAGUUACCGCGGAGGCAAUCGCCAGGCCAGUCUCCACCUCUGACCAUUCAGAGGAGGAGUAUGACAAAAAGUCCCUGAAGAGGCGCAUCCGCGAGAUUGUGUGGGACAGUCUUGACAGAAAACCGGAGGAGCGUCGGAUGAUCGCUAAGCUUGACUUCUUCAUUCUGACUUGGGCAAGCCUGGCGUAUUUCAGCAAGAAUUUGAACUCCAAUAAUCUUUCCAAUGCUUAUGUCUCAGGCAUGAAAGAAGAGCUACCUGUCAUUGGAAACGAAUAUCAAACACUCACAACUAUGUGGACAAUUGGAUAUGUUGUCUCGCAAAUUCCGUCUCAGCUUGUGUGCACUCGAGUGCGGCUCUCUAUUUGGUGUCCAACUUGGGAACUAAUUUGGGUUCUUGUUACAUUCGCGACGGCUGCAGUCAAAACCUCGCAUCAGCUUUAUGCUUGCCGCUUUUUUGUUGGAUUAGCAGAAGGCACGUUCUAUCCAGCGGUGCACACAGUCCUCGGAGCUUGGUAUACAAAGCAAGAAGAGCUCGCGAAACGGUCAUGUAUUUUCUUCGCAACGGCAUUUAUUGGGUCAAUGUUCAGCGGUUAUCUGGUUCGUUCAGGAAUGAGUUUCGAUUUUGAGGGCCGCUUGUCUGACACUUCACAGCAAGCAGCACUGCACACUGGCAUGAACGGCGUUCACGGAUUAUCCGGGUGGCGCUGGCUGUUUAUCUUUGAUGGAGUCAUUACCUUACCUAUGGCACUUUGGGCCUACUACGCAUUGCCCGACCUACCUUCCACCACCAGGGUGAAGUGGCUGAAGCACGAAGAGAAGGAAUUCUUCCUCCAGCGUAUGAAAAAGGCAGGGCGGGAUCUCGAAGAACCUGUUACGGUUGCUGGCCUGAAAAGGGUGGUGGGCAAAUGGCACUUCUGGGUCUACACAACAUACUACACAUUCUUCAUCUGCAGCGAAAACAUUGGCAGCUUUAUGAACCUGUGGCUUAAGAGCCUGAACAAAUACACCGUGCCGCAAAUUAACACAUAUCCAACUGCAACAAAUGCAGUAACCAUCAUCACAACACUUGCCUAUGGUUGGACUAGCGAUGCGUUACAGAUCAGGGCACCUAUCAUCUACUUCUCUCUUGUCGUGUGCUUUUUCGCCGCGAUGAACCUUGCGAUUUGGGAUGGCGUCCCGUUCGGCCUCAAAUGGGCUUCUUUCUAUCUCACAGGAUUUGCGCAGGGCUCCGGUCCUAUAUUCUUUACAAUGGUGAACGAGCAAUGCGCGGGCGACAGUCUAGAAAGAAAGUUCAUUCUAGGAACGACGAAUUCAAUCGCCUAUGCAUUCAAUGCCUGGAUCCCUCUUGUUACCUACAAUACCAACUACGCACCGCGGUUUUUAGUCGGUAAUGCGACCACUGUCGCUCUGAUUGUUGGGGCGGCUAUCACAAUUACUGUUGCUGUUCGGCUGCAAAAGCGCGAUGCCGAUACGGCUUGCAAGAACGCCGCCCCAGCCCCCUCUCCCGCUCUUCUUCGAAAUAUGAGAGGCUGGUUUACUAUGGCUGGACCCGUGGUGGAUCUCUACGUCUCCAUCGCCAUUCCACUAACAGCCGCAACCUUUGCGCUCGUUUUCCAAUUUGUGGCACGGCGGAUCUCAAAGUGUCAUCUGUGGUUCGAUGACUACUUCGCGUUGCUUGCAUAUAUCCUCGGCUGGGGAUAUCUCGAAACAGUCCUCAUUCUAUUGACACAUUUCGGGUUCGGUCAGGCUCCUAAGCCGAUGGAGCCCGAUCAAGCUGAGGAGGUACUCACGAAGCUGGUAUGGGUAAAUGAGCUCAUGUACGCGUCCACCAUCGCGUUUUCUAAGCUCUCCUUCCUCUCCCUGUACUGGCGCAUCUUCAAGCUCACGGUGAUUCGCAUACCGAUCCACCUCUUACUUGUCGCCUGUUCCACUUGGUUCAUUAUCAGAACCUUCGGUAUCUUGUUUCAAUGCUGA